AUGGGUGGCAUAAAUCCGUCCUACCCUUCACAGGGCCCUCCUCCACCCGGUGGCAUGCCGCCCCCUCCCGGUGGAGCUCCAGGCGCUCAGCGACCCGCGGGCAGCAGCAAUCCCAACUACUUCACAGACAAGAAGAAGGGCGAGGUGAACGAGCUCAAGAACCUGCUGCGCGAGGUGACCGUGGAGAAGGAUGUGAAGCGCAAGCGUGAGAUCAUCAAGAAGGUCAUCGCGUACAUGACGCUGGGUAUCGACGUCUCUCGUCUCUUCAGUGAGAUGGUGCUAUGUGUGGAUACCAAGGACCUCAUCUCCAAGAAGAUGGUGUAUCUGUAUCUCACCAAUUACGCGCAGAAGAACUCGGAGCUGGCCAUUAUGUGCAUCAACACGCUACUGAAUGACUGUCGCAAUGAGGAUCCAAUGGUGCGUGGCUUGGCGCUGCGUUCGCUCUGCUCUCUACGUCUGGACUCGAUCCUCGAGUACAUCCACGACCCUUUACAAGCUUCACUCACGGACACCAGUGCAUACGUGCGUAAGACUGGAGUCAUCGGUAUCCUCAAAGUUUAUUCUCUGAACCCAGAGAUCAUCAAGGAGAGCGACAUGAUCGAUACUCUCUACAACAUGAUCCGAGACCGCGAUCCUCAAGUGGUUUCCAACUGCUUAGUAGCUCUCAAUGAGAUCAUGGCGGACGAAGGAGGCAUCGCUAUCAACCAGCCCAUUGUCAUGCACUUGUUGAGUCGCAUUUCGGACUUUAACGAGUGGGGACAAUGCAACAUCCUGCAGAUCGUCGCCAAGUACAAACCCACUGGUCCGGAUGAGGUUUUCACCAUUAUGAACACGCUGGAGCAGUGUCUGCGUGUGUCCAAUAGCGCGGUGGUGCUGGGUACGGCCAAGUGUUUCUUCAAUCUCACGCAGACUCGCGGGAUGGAGCAGAUCCAGGACCAAGUCUUUGAGCGUAUGCGGCAGCCUUUAUUGACUCUGAUGGCUGGUGGAAGUCACGAGAUCAACUACUGCGUGCUGCACCACAUUCUGCUGCUGGUGGGCAAGAAACCACACGUGUUUAGUCGUGACUACCGCCAGUUCUACAACCGAUACAACGAGCCCACACACGUCAAGUACGUCAAGAUCGACAUCCUGGCUCUGGUGGCUGAUGGAGCCAACGUGGCUGACAUUGUCACAGAACUGAGUGAGUACGUGACGGACGUGGACCAGGAGCUAGCGCGUCGUGCGAUCCGAGCUAUUGCUGACAUCGCUGUGAGUCCCAAUCUCUCGGUUAACACGAUCCCGCAGCAGUAUCCGGGCGGUGGCAACGUUCCUGAAGCGUACGGCCAGCAAGCAGCUGAGCAGCUUGUGGAGCAGAUGCAGGACCACAUUAUGGACACGAUGGUGGACUUCUUGGAGCUGGAUCUCGACUACGUGCGCGACGAAAGUUUGGUAGUUAUGAAGGACUUACUUCGUAAGUAUCCGGACAAGCGCCAUGAUGUUCUACCUGUGCUGGGUCGCAUUAUUGCCGCUGUACAGCAGCCUGCCGCAAAGGCCGCAGUCGUCUGGAUGUUGGGUGAAUUUGGACAGGAUCUACGUCGUGCACCGUACGUGUUGGAGAAGCUUAUUGACGACUUUAAUGAUGAGGCUGCCCCCUCUGUGUUGUUGGAGCUAUUGGCUGCGACGAUGAAGCUGUUUUUCAAGCGUCCUCCUGAGGUGCAGAGCAUGCUUGGACGUCUGCUUGGCUCGGCUAUCAAUGAGUCCAGCCACCAGGAUGUACGUGACCGCGCUCUGCUGUACUACCGUCUGCUUGAACAGCAACCGACGGAACAGGCCGCUGCUAUUGUGGCUCAGUUCCGCACCGAGGAGAUUGUGAGUGUGUUUGCUGAGUCUGUUGAGACAGAUCUGAAGGACAAGCUGUUCCAGGAGUUCAACUCGCUCGCUGUGGUGUACAACAAGCCUAGUGAACUCUUCGUGUCGCCUACACACUUGGCUGGCGCAGUGGCGCCUUUGGAUGAUGAAGAUGAUGCCGAGGAAGAGGAGGCUGACGAGGGAUACGACAAUACUCCACCUCCUCAGCAGCAGCAGCGCAACGCUGCGCCUCCUCCGCAGCCGGCGGCUCCCAGUAUGGACUUGCUGGACAUGGACUUUGGCUCGGCUUCAAGUGGCCCUCCGCCUCAGGCUGCAGGCUCGAGCUUCGCAUUGGUCCCGUCUCCAGUCAUGGACGCCGCAACGUUCCAGGGCCAAUGGGGUAGCAGGCCUGUGGUGGCUGAAGUAGUCGUGCAACUACCGACUUUGCCACCGCAGAGCGAACUGGAGCAGGCGUUCGCAUCGCGUGGCAUCGUGACGAUGGCUUCGGGUGACGUGGGUCCGCAGUACAAGUUCUUCUUCUACGCUCAGGACACUCAAGGACGCUUUUUCUUGUCCGAGACGCUGGUUGAAAAGGCCAACCGCACGCUGCGAGCAACGAUCAAGGGCGAGGACGAGGCUUCAGGAGCUCAGUUCGCUGAUCUCAUGCGUCGUAUCCUGUUCGGAUGA